GGAGACUCGGGCGCAGAGCGGGGGCCGCGGGAAGCGGGAAGGGAGCGCGCGGGGAGCUGCGGGGCUGGGACCGGCCCAAGGGCGCCCUCGCCGCAGAGCUGGGUGUGGGGGCCGAGGCGGAGCCGGCGGGCCGCAAGGAGAAGUUUGGCUGCGGAGGGACUGGCGUCCCCGGGUCUCGAGGAGUCGGCGUGGGGCCCGGGGGCGAUGGGGGCGGGCGCGGAGGCGGCGCGGCGCGCACUGAGUCCUCCGAGCGGCGUGGUCGCCGCGGCGCAAAGUUAGCCUGGCGCCCCGGGACGAACGCCGCAGCCACUGGCUGUCCCUGGGUCGCGCUUCGGCAUGGGCGAGCACCCCAGCCCCGGCCCCGCAGUGGCCGCCUGCGCCGAGGCGGAGCGCAUCGAGGAGCUGGAACCCGAGGCCGACGAGCGGCCGGCGGCGGCGGCGGCGCCGGAGGACCACUGGAAAGUCCUGUUUGAUCAGUGUGACCCUGGGAACACAGGCUACAUCAGCACAGGCAAGUUUCGCAGCCUCCUGGAGAGCCACAGCUCCAAGCUGGACCCACACAAGAGAGAGGUGCUCCUGGCUCUGGCCGACAGCCACGCGGAUGGGCAGAUCGGCUACCAGGAUUUUGUCAACCUGAUGAGCAACAAGCGGUCCAACAGCUUCCGCCAGGCCAUCCUGCAGGGGAACCGCAGGCUCUGCAGUAAGGCGCUGCUGGAGGAGAAAGGGCUGAACCUCUCCCAGCGACUGAUCCGCCACGUGGCCUAUGAGACCUUGCCCCGGGAGAUUGACCGGAAGUGGUACUACGACAGUUACACCUGCUGCCCCCCGCCCUGGUUCAUGAUCACGGUCACACUGCUGGAGGUUGCCUUCUUCCUCUACAACGGAGUGUCGCUGGAUCAGUUUGUGCUGCAGGUAACCCACCCGCGCUACCUGCAGAACUCGCUGGUUUACCACCCGCAGCUCCGAGCACAGGCUUGGCGCUACUUGACAUACAUCUUCAUGCAUGCAGGGGUAGAACACCUGGGACUCAACGUGGCGCUGCAGCUCCUGGUGGGGGUGCCCUUGGAGAUGGUGCAUGGAGCAACCCGCAUUGGGCUUGUCUACGUGGCUGGUGUUGUGGCAGGAUCCUUGGCGGUGUCCGUGGCUGACAUGACCGCGCCGGUCGUGGGCUCCUCUGGAGGGGUGUAUGCGCUCGUCUCUGCACACCUGGCCAACAUCGUGAUGAACUGGUCAGGCAUGAAGUGCCAAUUCAAGCUGCUGCGGAUGGCUGUGGCCUUGAUCUGUAUGAGCAUGGAGUUCGGGCGGGCCGUGUGGCUCCGGUUCCACCCGUCGGCCUAUCCGCCGUGCCCGCACCCGAGCUUCGUGGCACACUUGGGUGGCGUGGCCGUGGGCAUCACCCUGGGCGUGGUGGUCCUGAGGAACUAUGAGCAGAGGCUACAGGACCAGUCGCUGUGGUGGAUUUUCGUGGCCAUGUACAGCAUCUUCGUGCUGUUUGCUGUCUUCUGGAAUAUCUUUGCCUACAGCCUGCUGGACUUAAAGCUGCCACCGCCGCCCUGAAGGGCUGGAGGACCGAGGGCCAGGAGGGGAAGGAGGAGCAGCGUCAGAAAGGAGCAUCUGUGUUCUUUCUUCUCGUCACCGGCUCCGCGAGGCCGGGGAGGAGAGGCCGAGAGGCACCAGGCCGUGGUCAGCUGUGUGUUCAGACUUGGACGGAGAGCGGAGGCUCUUUUCUGAAAGCCACCUGCUGGAGGAGCUGGACACGGCUACUGUUUUUUUUCUAGAUUCUUCUGAAGACAUCGGGCCAGCAAAGGCCUGGGGUGGGUGGAGUGGCUGUUCUCUCGAGCUGGUUGGUCCCAUGUGUUCAGUAGCCCCCUCCCUUGUCAUAGAUUGGGCGGCAGCCUCAUCCUCCACCCCGAGAGACCGCAGGAGUGUAAGGAAGGCCUGAGGGGAUGGUAGCCAGGCAGGCCCUUGUCCAGCCCGGAGACGAUGGCAGGCCAGGAAAUGUUCCCUCCACCGCUGUUGGCUUGGGAGCUCCGGGGUGGAGGAGGCCCUGUUGGCUUUGUCCCCGGGGAGCCCAGGGUGCCAUCCCAUGCCUGGCAGUGGGCACUGGGGCAUGGGCUAUAGUGCCUGGGUGGGCAGAGGAGGGAGAUUCUGUAAGUCCAGGCACUACCCUUGCCCUGGGGUACCCAGCAAAGGAACCUAAGCAAGAGGCAGUUCGUCCUAAGCUCCACCCUGGAGAAGGCCCUACUCUGGGCUUCUCCCUCCCUCUCUCCCAGGAUGCUGACAUCUCACACCUGCGCCCCGGCAUCCCAUGCCUGGCCUUGUUGUCAGCGUCCUUUCCUCCCCUCCCAUUGUGCCUGUCUUUUGGCUGGGAGACAGCGUUCUGAGGUGUCUGCACGUGGUUUGGUGGGUGAAGAAGCAGGGAUGAUGGGAAAGACAAUGUGGGGGAGAUGGAGACAUCAGAGGAAGGCUUGCGGAGCAGUGGGCACAUGUGGAGGGUCUGAGAGGAAGGAAGGGGCUGAGAGGCAUACAUGGCUCCUGAGGUUCCUUGCUUUUAGCAGCGCUCGCCUCUUGUUUUCCACCCCCAUCCCCUGUCCCUUACAGACCUCUCCCUGAGACUCACUGACUGUGGAGGUGGGCAGCCUCCAUGCUUCCGGGGCCCCCCAGAUGCUGAGGUUUUCCUCGCCUUUGCCAAGUUCCACUGUGGCUCCCUCUGGAGCAGCCUCCAUUCUGUUUCCCUUUGAAGGGAAGGAGCUUUGGGGGUGCAAGAGAGGCUGGGGCAGGAAUAUUGAGGCCAUGUGUCCUUUUGAGUUCAGAGGUCAGGAGGUUGCAGCAAAAGGAGCUCCGAUUCAGGUGGAAAACAUCUUCUAGAGAAGAAUCAUUGGGUGCGUGGAUGAGAGGCAGAGGUGAGGGUAGCCUGGAGGCUCGGAGAAUCCUGGGAGGGAACUGGGAGAUGAUGGUGUCCAUCCCCACCCCCGCUUCACAAGGGGCUGACCUCCCAGCAGGAGCCAGUGCAAGCCUGAGGGCAGGGUGGACAGGAUGGCCUUGGACAAAAUGUGAUGCCCUUUGUACUGUUCUUGGAACUCCCAAGAACUGACAGCCCAGAGGGAGGAAGAACCCAAGGCUGAAUCCAUGCGGGAACAAGAGCACAGGAGUGUAGGAACUGUCUUCCGCCAGCCACUUGCCCUUUAGAGUCAUACAUGUACCGAGGUUCAAAGUCAGCUGGGCCGGGCCAGGCCAGGCAUUUGGUGGUCUUGGGCUACCAUGGCUUCCUGUCCCCAGGGAUCACAUAAAUGGUCAGGGUCUUUCUAUGCAGGACACCCACAAGCAGCCCUGGGCUCUGCUGAGCCCUUCCCCAUCUUUGCCCACUGGUAAACAGACUGUCCUGGUCCCCACACAUGGCUCACAAGGUCAUGCCGCCCUUGUGCCAGCUCUGCCGAGGACUGUCAGCCUGGGGGCGCAGGUCUGUGGCUGAGCUGCGCUGCGCUGCCCUGAGGCACCUUGUCUGGGUCCUGCCAGCCACUCUCUACCCUCCUGAAAGGUGUAGCUGGAAAAGUCAGCUUCUUGGGGGAGAAGAAUCUGGGCUGGAACUGAGGGCUGACAAGACUGUUGUGAGGGUAGAGAAGGGGACCUUGGAGGCGGGGCACAGGUACUGCUGAACCUGACAGGUGCUGUCCCUCCCUGGGGGCAGGGGCACGUACCGCCCUCUGGGAAGCAGGGCUUCUCCUCCAGAUCCUCUCCAGCACCUGAGCUUCUGGCUUGUAGAUGGAGGGACCAGAGCCACUCCUCCCCCUGCCUUUGCUGUGGCCUGGAGAGGGGCCUUCCUCUCUCAGGGCUGAAAUGACUAUGAGCCAGAAGAUUCUGGAAAGACCUCAGAAGCUUGCAGUUCCCUCGGGGUUUAGGAUGGGAGCGUGAACUGCCUGAGGUGGAGAUCCCAUCUGCCAUCCUGUUCCAUCUGUCCUCGAAGCAUGCUGAGAGCCUCCUCCACACCGUGGGCCCAGCCCAGCUGAGCGGCAGCUGCUCCAUCAGCUGAGGGCCCAGAGGCACCUCAGAAGUUCUUUGGUCUGCUUAACAGCCAUCUCCACCAUCGCUUCCAGCCAUCACUUCUAAGCAGGGCCAUCCAGGGGUGACAACAGUCAUGUCACACCUCCCAGGUCUCUAACCCAGAGCCAGAGCUGGUUGUCUGGUAAGAAAGGUUUACUUUUGGGUGUAGGACCCUCAGCGGGUCCCUUCCCUCCCUGGCUCCCAGCACCCUGCCAGCAACACAUCCCUGUCACCUCUCCUCCCUCUUCCCCUGUGGGCCGCCUGGCCCCUGUGCCAAAAAACUGAGGGUAGUGUCUCUUCGGGCCGUGGCGUGAGGACGGAUUUCCACCUGCACAACACAGACAUUGAAACCUGGGGAUUCCCCAAACAGCAGCCACAGACUCCCCCGCUUGAAGAAGAAUCACAGAAACUGGGGAAAGGAAAACAAACCUUCAAAGGAGACAUUUCGCUUUAAUGACACCAUUAAUCAUUCGUUUUUUAAUUAGGAAAAGCUCCCUAAUGAGGCGCUUUUGCCAACUAAUAGGACUCUCAAUUUCCAUGAGAACUAUUCUGGCCCAGAGGAUUAGGAGAAUCAUUGCUCACUGAGCCCAGAUCUUUCCCCAGUGUCCAAUUUCAUUUGCAAACAAUGCAGGUUCCCCAGGCACAGCGGAAGCCCUUUCCUGGAUUCAUGCUGCUCCCAGGGCCGGCUGGAAAGCCCCGGUACUCCUCUGCCUUAAAAAACCAGUGCCCAACACUGAACUCUGACCCCCUGUCCACCAAGGACUUGAGUAAGUGGAAAAAACAAAACAACAGCAACAACAAAACACAAGCUACAGUGUUUGUUUCUAAAUAUUUUUGUAUUGUGUACAUUCUGUAUAUUUUUGUUGUAACAUUAUUUGAGCACAGAUUCCAUUAAAGAUUUUUUUUAAGCCA